GUCGUUCAUCUCCUUCAUUAUGCCCACAUUUUUCAUGCAGGAAAAGACGUUUACUAUAAAAGCCUUCGUCGAUGCAAUCAGGCAAGAAAUUCCUGCUCAGCGACUGACGUCGGUCAUAUCUCGUCUUGUCCGCGACGUUGAUUCUGUUGACAUCGAUUAGUUUUCCGUCAAGGACAACACCAUAUUAUUAUGUGCUCUUUCGGAUGAUCCCACGCUAGGGUUGUCGUUACGACUGGCAAAGUUGAUACCAUGCAUGUGUUACGUGCUUUGGCGUGUCGUCGAGGCUCCAAGGCCGACCACAGAAGCAGGCGAACAAUGCAGGAUGCUAGCCCUCUUGACCGGCUUCGUCUCCAUCCAUGUGGGACUGGGACAUGGACCGGAUUGGAUUGCCCAAUCCCUGAAGCAGACCCAUUUUCUCCAGACGCUCUGGAAAUGCUCGAAGGAAGAUUUGACAGCCGAACUCGCCAAAACCGUUGCAGAGAUCCUCCAUACGCUUACCAUCAACCUCAUAUGGCGAACCGUUUUGCGGCAGGUUCGGAUAUCGCUGAAGAAGCUGGAGUCUACCAUUGACGCCCCCAACUUCCAUCAUUCUUUGCGAAAACCGUGGGCCACACUACUGUACGUAGCCAACCAACGUUGGGAGAGACGUGCCAGUCUACAUGGUGGAUCUGACACCAAUGUUUGUAUGAAUUCAAAGUACCUAGCGAACGAUCCGGUUACUGGAAUUAUUGCAACAAAGAUUCAGCGCUGCAGUGGAUGCGGCUUCGCAUUUUGUUCUGCCCAUUGUCAGAAAGAAGCAGGUGAUACUCAUCGGAAAUUUUGUCAGUUCGAACGGAGUCAACGGAAAGAGGGUUAUCCGGAUGGCGUGAUUCAGCGCGAUGAACUCUUCUUGCAUCACAUCGUGAUGACUGACAUACGCCACGAAGAGAAACUUGUCGAAACGCUCAUCAGCGACUAUCAUACCAAGCCCAACGCGGACACGUACCCUCCAGUAACGUGCCUGGAUUAUCGUGCCGUGUCCAUGAGCAUAUCUGUAGGACACUGGGAAGGCUUCCGAGGCACUUGUGGUAUCAAGGAUUCUGAAUUGUUUCAGGAACUGGAACGGGGGAAACAGGCUGCUGGUGUUGGGAGGAACGGCAAACUGGUACUUUCUCUCCUCCCUUGCGGUUUAACGUUAAGGGCUUCUAUCUUGUGGAUAGAACAGACCUCUGCCUAAUCAUAUGCGAGACUUGUCUUUGUGAUGUGAUUCCCGAAACAGUUGUGAGUGUUGACGAUGGUUUGACUCCUCGCUGUCGUACGACACAUUUACCUGG